AGAAGCCUUGAGCAGUGCUGGAAAACUCCCCGAGUGCUCAGUCAAAACUGUUUUCCAGCCAAAGGCAUGGACUGAAAAUGCUAUUUAGCAUUUCCGUGUUUCCCUUCCUUUGCACUUCCUAGCAGAGAAGACUAGAUACUCUUUGCCUGAGUUGCUGCUGACAGUCUUGUUUGUGCCCUGUGCCUGCAGGGUAUUUUCUGUCCAGAGAAGGACCCGGUGUAAGGGACAGGUCCAGCAGAGAGCACACAGCUGGAUAGUUGGAGAAGAAAGAUGGUGGGAAGCCAGCUGGAAGCACUGUACCCAGCAGAGUGCAGGAGGUAAAUGGAGUAUUCUAGGAAAGAAAAACCUUAAGGCAGAUGCUGUGACAGGCAACAGAAAGACACAGCAAGAACCUUGGAUGCAAACGGAAAGGCGGCACUCUGUUUCCUGUCAACAGUUUGAUUUGUCUCCUUGUGGGAUUGAAGGUCAGCCCAGAGAAUUCUGCAGAGAGGCAUGAUUCUCUGCAAGGUUCUCAAGAAGGGACUCAACACAAAGAGCAGCAUUGUCAUCAAUGCCUUGUGAAAACCAGGCUUCCCAGAGCUGGACCAGCCCCUGCCACAGCCCAGCUGCAAUGCCUUCUAAACAAAACCAACCUACAGGCUAUUUCUCCCCUCCCUAGUUCUCAUGGCCUGUUACACUGGGUCUCAGCCUGAUGGAGGCCCUUCUGGGCACACCCGUGGGCAAGCUGCUCCAGCUGGCCCUGCUUUGAGCCUGGGGCCUGGACUAGGCCACUUCCACAAGCUCCUUCCCACCGCAGCACUUCUGGCAUUCUCAGAAGAAUACAGGCAUCCACAUCUACGGGCACAAAACGUGGAAUUUCCACUCAGAAAUGCUCGCUUUUUGCCUCAAGAUCAUCCUCAGUAGCUGUGUAAGAGCGUAUCAGGAGGGCCACGCCUGUUACCUAUUUCCAUAGCUUUCUCCUUCAAAAGACCCUUGGAGCCUGCCUGCAGCUGCUGUGCUUCCCACGUCCCUUGCCCUCCUUCCUGCAGCAUGUCACCCUCGGCGUCUCUCGUGCCACGUCGAGCAAGGCUGGAGGCUUUGCAUAAGUGCACAAGGGUUUCUCUCUGCCACUCCUUCCCUCUCCCUCUUUCCUUCACCUCCCUCUUCCCUCCUCCCUAUUUUUUCCACUCUUUUCCUCGCAGUGGCUGUUCUACCAGGCACAGUCCGUGAGAGGUACCACAGUCCUUCUUAUCCCUAAUCUUUGUGCCCAGUGUGCAUAGCAAUGAGCAUGUCGAGUCAGAAUCCACACAAAGGUCUCCAUUUUUAUUCAGCAGAAUUAACUGUUAAUCGUUCACCAAGCAAGCAGAGUCCUGAAUAGCACGGUGGUUAUAUAUACAUAUCUUUUUGCAAAACUGCUUCUCUUCACAGUUUUUAAUUCGUUACUCUAUGUCAGCUUCGCUGAGUGACGUACUAUGGAGCCAGAAGUUUCUAGACUUGGGAGGGGAUAGCUGUUGUCUCCUUAUCAUCAUAUUAAAACUUUUCCCCAGCUUCGUCCUGCAGAAGACAGGCUUGGUGCCAGGCUGCACAGGGAUUUUGACCCCAAGUGGGAGGUCCAGCAGCCCGCUACCUCCUGCUCCAACUUUCUGUCCUCCGGGUCAGAGCUAGGGAGACAGAGCCACACUUGGACACUCAUGCACUCCAGUCCCUUUUCUCCAGGCUAACUCCACAUCAUCUUGUAGGUCCCUUCCCGCUCCUCGCUAACUCCAUAAAAUGACGCGUUUGGCAUGGGCCAUGGGCAGAAAAGUGCACAAAGCUCCCAAGAACUGUCAAGGUAGUUCAAGUUGACCCACAUGGCCUUCCAAAAAUCUGUGGGCCUCCACUGCAAUGGGAGCAGCCCCUCUCUCCACCCUCCAUUCCCCAACAUGGGGGCUGCUGCCUCCCACACAGCCAGGGCCAAGCUGACUCCUUGCUCGGAUGCCAGGGCCCUCCCAGCUGCCUCCCCGACCAUCAGGCAGUGCGAAUCAGCUGGAAAAGGGCAAGAGUGGGAACUGCCAACACUCUCCAGUCUGGCCAACUCAGAAGGCUGAAAGUGGCUUUGGUUCAGCAUGGCCUUCCAGGAGACUUCAAGAGCACAGGAUGCACAAUGAAGUUGCCUGGUGAGUUGCCCAAAUCUCAUUUCAGCAGGGAAGGCUCCAAGCUCCCUGGAAGAAUCCAUAAUGAAGCUGCCAUAAGAAGAAGGCCACGCUUCCCUGGAGAUCAUGAGUUCAGAGCUGUUUCUGAUCAGCACAGUGAAGACCAGAGUCUUCAAGAUGUGGUUGAGCCUCUGGCGCAGGAAGUGUCAGAGAGGAUGAAAACACUGGAUCAGCCAGUCUGCACCAUAAGGAGGGCUUUCAUGAGGAUCAGACAAAGAUUGCUUGGAAGUGCAAAAAGAGGAGAGCCUUUGGACAUGGCCCCUUCUGAAUCUGAACAGGAAACUGCACUGCUGGCUAGGAAAGUUGUAGCAAGCAUGCUGAAGAAAGUUGGGAAGUGCUUGGAAUCCAGCACAGCCAGUGCACCAAAGCCAGGGCCAACAGCCAGGCAGUGAGAGCUCCCCAUUGCUGGAAGAAACUUCCAAGUGGGAAAACCUGGAGAAGGGAAGUCGAGGCAAGCGGCUAACAAAGCAUCCUCACAGGCUUCUCUUCACAGAGAUACCCAAAGAACCAUUGGAAGUGUUUGCAACACGUUGCAAUGCAAUCCUUUGUAGCUUCUCAUUCUGAGCAAGACUUUGUCUGCAAAUAUUCUGAAACCAUCGAGCUUCCCACCAACCAUCUCUCUCAGAGGCAGCCGCAGCUGUCCCAGGUGCCUCUCUCACGGCAGAGCGGGAAGGAAGGACGAGGCUCGUCAGAAGAGCAGAGCCUGGCCACAAGCCAGAGAGAAAAGUUACCGGCGAUCCAACCAAGGCCAAGCGCUGCUGAGGUCUCUUGACUCAGUUGCAGCACUGUAAAGGAGAGCAUCGACAACGCUGUCUCUAAAGCGAAGCAGGAGGAGCAAGCACAACUGCUUCUUAAGCAUGCCAAAUCCACUAUAGCGAAAGUAAUUUCAAGAGUGAAGAAGGAGCCUGAGAAUGAGCUGCAGGCAUAGGCUUUAAAUGCAGCAUUGGAUGCCAGCAGCGCGGCAUCUGGGACGGUGGGCUCCGUAUCAGGGCAGAGCUCUAAGGCUCAGGCCGCACAGGGGCUGCAACUGAACUCUGCCAGGCCUCUUGUCAAAGAGUCCUCCCCAAGAGGUGGCAAGGAGAGCUGUCCCUCCAAGGACCUCCAAAGCUCACCUGAUCUCUUGCCACGCAUCUGGUGAGGCUCUGGGCGAGGUGAUCCUGGCAUGCCAGGAGACCUUCAGAAGUCCUCUGUUCCUCUAGAGGUGUUGAGUGUGCAGAAGCCCUGGGCACAGGAGGUACAGCAGUGUACACCUGCUCACAGUGUGCAUCAGGCAGAUGGCAGUAGGGCUGGUUCAGUCUGGCCUAAAUACAAUGGGAUUCAAAGAGGAAUGAGGCAGUUGUGCGUGGGGAAAGUCUGCUGGCAGUUCUGCGAGUGCUGAUGCCAUAGGAGCUUCGGCUCCAGAAGUCCUUAAAGCCCAGAGCAGCGUAUUGCAGCCGGCCUCUGUCUUCCAGGUGAUACUGGGAGAGGUAAAAUAGAAGAUAAUUUUCUGACAGUGUAAUCAGGGCCCAGUGAGAAUGACGCUGUGGUGAUCAGAGUUCUCGUGAAGCUCACAACAGAAAAACCUAAUUCACGCUGCAGAUUGAGUAAGGUUAUGCUAAACACUGUGCCAAAGCUUCUUAAAAAAGUAAACAACAAACCACAAUCAGGAGCUACAUAGAAGAACAGGAAAUAUCCGGGCAGAUGCAAUGGAAAAGAACAUAAAAGGGCACUUGCAAAAACAGUGUAUUGAGGCUUGAGUUGAAAUGGCUGUUGUGAGCACAUCUCAGCUCUGUCCCUUUUCUCUGAAGGUGGCAGCUGCUGUGUGGGCAUGGUAGAUCUGAUUCUGUUGGAAAUAUCCAAAUAAUUUAUCAGGACGGUAUUUCUGAUAAAAGCAGAUUUUAUUUGCAAUUGCAGUGGUGGGCGUCCUGCAAGCAGGAGUGCCUGCAGAAAGCAGUGUUACAUCUUUUAUGCCCUAUUACCUGAUGCUUAUUUUUCCUCCCCUGGUUCCUCAUUGGCUGAGUACUUCAGGUUCAUAGUCUUCCCGACACUCAACUAAACGUACAGAUACUGGUUGAACAUAAAUUGUUGCUAGCUAAGCGUGUAUGUUGCUAAUUAAUUAACUUCUAAGACUUGCUUACUCAGCACUCGGCCAUUAUUUCUGGACACCUGUUCAUCCUUGGAUAGAGAUCAGUGUGGAAGGAGGACAGAGGGGGGCAUCCUGAUGCAGCCUGUUGUAUCCCAGCCUACCACAGAGUGAGGCAGUUCGGCCUUGUGUGGAGGCCCCGGCUUCUUGGAUGUUUGACAAGCCUGCCUUCCUUCUGCUGAGGGUCUCUCCUCCAAACAGAACAGCCUUACAGCAUGCUUUCUAGUCCAUAAUACUAUUCCCGUACUAUUCACAACUAUUACAGCUUUACAAGUGAGAAUUAAUCACAUAAUUCAACAACUGUAUUUCUAAAAUAUGUUAGUGAAAUAUAUGGUAUUUCUACUUUUUCAAACUAGCUGUUUCUAAGGGCAAGUUACAAAAUACGUUGUGCUCUACUUCUUUAGAUCAGUUCCUCUUUUUUGAUAUCUAAUGCAGAAACAGCAUUCCAUCCCUACAAUUCCACUGGCUGCCUGGAGUUUGGAAAGGCACAGCAUUCCAAUGAACGUAAGGGAAGGAAGCAGGGAAGAUGAGCAGUAGCUUCAUAGACGCAGCUGGGGUUCCCCACUCCUUUUAUGGCAGCGCACUGAGGAGCAGGCGCACGACGGGCAGACAGCCGCGCCAAAACCUCCGGAACCUUCUGGAAGCCCGAGCUGCUGGGCGCCGUGAAGGGGCCGCGCAGCGCGGGGUGUGGGCGGUGCCCGGAUGGAGCUGAGGGAGCGGAGCGGCGCUGGGUGCCGCGUGGCGGGAGGGGGUGGAAAGGACUUAGGCACUAACCAGCGGAGGGAGUGGGACGGGUAAGCGGAGGGACGGCGAUGAAGCCGCCUGCCGGCCUCUCGUUGUAACGGAAUAUCCCGACGAGGUUGGGCGACCCGCGGAGAUGGCGGGGAAGGGCUCAGCUGGGGUCUGGGUCCCCUGUGGCGUCUUCUCCGUUCGGCUGUGGUCGGGAACGAGGGCUGCCUGUCCUCGGUGUCUGUUUCCACGAGGAAGAAGGAAGCCUCUCGUGUGUGCUGAGGUGCGGAAUUCUGGCAGGGGUGGAGCUUCACAUCGAUCCUGUCGGGGGCUUCUGAUUUGUGGUAAUGGAUGACUUGUGCCACCUCCGCCCUCACCUCCUUUGUGUCAGGACACCAGGGCCAGCCCUCUAUCUGGCACAGCCAGAAAUGUGGAGCUCGGGUCACUGCACAAGAUGUGCAAUGAAGUUGCCCAGACCGGAGUUGGGCAGGGAAGGGCUCCAUGCUCCCUGCAAGCUUCCGUACUGAUGCUGCCUCAACAAGAAAGCCCCGCUUCCCUGGAGACUGUUAGUUCAGAACUACGUCUGAACUACACGGACAAGCCCAGAGUCUUCAAGAGGUGCCUGGGACUCUGGUGCUUACACAUCCCGCUCCUCUUGCACCACCCCUGUCCUCUCAGCCACUCGUCAGGGCUCGGCGUUCCUCGGCUGCAGAGGGGUUGGGCAUUUGGGCUGACCAACGCAAGUCUCAGGAGGGCUCUCCAGGCCUCUUGAUGCAGCUGCCUGUUGCUGGUGGGAGGCGUGGGGAGCCUUCCCUAGGAGCAGGCCUAGCCGCAGCACCUGGCUGGCGAUUCCAUCUCCUGCCCUUCUGUGGUUGCCUCAAGCUGCUGGAGCAGAGGAGGCAGCCGGGGAGGGACCUGGCACUGCAGCGGAGAGUCUGCUUGGCCCUGGCUGGGAUGAAACCUGGCCCCUCUCUUGUGGCAGGGGAUGGUGGAGAGCAGAGUGGCUCCCCUGCCACUGGGGCCCCACAGUUUUGUGGAAGGCUGUCGGGGUAGCUCCGGCGACUGUUCUUGGGCAUUUGGAGAAACAUGGGCAGAAGCAAGCCCCCUACUCUGUCCAAUAAACACUGAGACCGUUGUGUGGACUCUGACUCUGUGUGCUCCUUACUAUGCACACUGGGCACAAAGAUUAAAGAAAGGCUGCAGAUCCUCUCAGGAAGCGUGCCUGGCGGAGCAGCCACGCUGGAGGGAAGAGGAAGGAAAGAGGGAGAGGCAGGGAGCGGCGGAGAGAAACCCUCGUGCACUGAUGCAAAGCCUCCAGCCUUGCUUGAUGCAGCACAAGAGAUGGCAAGGGUGACAUGCUGCAGGAAGGAGGGCAAGGGAAGUGGGAAAUUCAAGAAGAGGUGCUCAGGGACAUGAUUUAGCGGUGGGUUGUUAGAGGUAGGGGUAGUAUGGAUAGGUUGCGGUUGGACUUGAUGAUCUUGAAGGUCUAUUCCAACCUGAGCAUUGCUGUGAUUCUAAGCACAGCAGCUGCAGGCAGGCUUCAAGGGUCUUUUGAAGAAGAAAGCCGUGGGAAUAGGUGAAGACCUGCCUGAUAUGCUCCUACACAGCUACUGAAGAUGAUGCGUUUGUGACCACUGAGGCAAAAAGCGAGCAUUUCUGAGUGGAAAUUCCAUGUUUUGUGCCGGUAGAUGUGGAUGCCUGUAUUCUUCUGAGAAUGCCAGAAGUGCUGCGGUGGGAAGGAGCUUGUGGAAGUGGCCUAGUCCAGGCCCCAGGCUCAAAGCAGGGCCAGCUGGAGCAGCUUGCCCACGGGCGUGCCCAGGAGGGCCUCCAUGCAGCUGCAGGUUGCCGGGUGGCGGCGGCAACGUGGUGAUGCAACAAUGGGCGAGUGAGGCAUAAAGGCGUGGGCUGGGAGAUCCGCUGGGCUGGCCACAGCUGUUUGCAGCUGGAGCGAGAGGUAGCAGCGGAGGGUCGCAGCUCCCAGAGAGUUCUUGCAAGGAGCCAUGGAGCGCUGCGGCACUGCUGGUUUCCGAAAUCCAGACGCACUGCUGAGCAUUGCGGGGAAGAGCGCAGAGCUCCGACCCGGAGGACAGAAAGUUGGAGCAGGAGGUAGCGGGCUGCUGGACCUCCCACUGGGGGUCAAAAUCCCUGUGCAGCCUGGCACCAAGCCUGUCUUCUGCAGGACAAAGCUGGGGGAAAAGCUUCACCAGCCUUCUCCUCAUUUUGAUCUGGGAGAUCCAUACUGUCGCCAACUGCGCACAGAAUACAACAGCCUGCAUGACCCGCAUCUGCAGGCCUACCACAACCGCAAAGCCAACCUGCGGAACCUGAAGAACAAGGGCUUUGUCACCGAUGAUGGCAAGGUUGUCUGCACUCUGAAGGAGUUCAAUGAGUACAGGCAGUACCUGACCAGGCUCAAGCUGGAGCAAGAGAAAACAAAGAGGCGAGAAGAGGAGAAGCUACGUCAGGAGAUGCCCAAGCAGAAGUUUGCUCACAGACUGAUGAUGGAUGUGGACAAAUCUUGCCUGGGCACAGCCACUACUGUGGACGUGGUUGUGGAAGAGAAAGCCAGUUCUCUGCAGCCUUGCAAACCAGCUGGCCCUCCUCCAAGCCACGCUCAUCAGUCAGGCCAACGCAGAAGGCUGAAAGCGGCUGUGGUUCACCAAGACCUUCAGGGAGACUCAAAGAGCACAGGACGUGCAGUGAAGCUGCCUGACAAGUUGCCUAAACUUGAGACAGGCAGGGAGGGUGCAAAGCUCCCUGGAAAUAUCCACGCUGAAGCUGCCUCAGCAAGAAAGGCACGCUUCCCUGGAGAUCGUGAAUUCCGAGCUAUGUCUGAAAAGCACAGGGAAGACCAGAGUCUUCAAGAGGCAGUUAAGACUCGGGUGCUAGAAGCGUUGGAGGAGGUGAAGGCACUGUAUCCAUCUGCCUGUGCCUUAAGGAGGGCCUCCCUGAGAAUCAGACAAAGAUUGUUAGGAAGAGCAGAAACACCAGAGCCUUCAGAGAUGUCCCCUUCCAACCCUGAGCAGGAAAUUGCUCUGCUCGCUAGGAAACUUGUAGGGAGU